AUCAGCUGCAGGAGCAUUUUUACCCGGACUAUAUAAGCAACAGUUGGGUCUAUGUGUCUCCCUCACUCCGCAGCAACCACUCGAUCCAUAUUGUGGAUCUCACAUCCCACUUAUCCCAAAACUUAACAUAGUCAAACAUGAUGAACGCACCGAUAGUUUUUGAGAUGCUCCCAGAUAGCCGGCCUGCACCACGCUGGAGGCACACGUAUGCAGAUCAUGUCGCGAUGGUGGUUGGCAAGAGAUCCGGGACCCAAUACGGAUACGCAAUAAUAAAGCACCCGUACUGGCAGAUGUACAGCAUCUUCUGCGACGAUGCAGAUGUCCGAGAUUCCCAGUGGAUAGCAGUUCAAGAACUGCUCUUGACCGUUAUCGAGCAAGGACGGAAGAAACACCCCGACCUGCUACCUUUGAUGGGAAGUAUUGAGACGCCCAAGUGGGUGCAGUUCUAUCGAGAGCUGGCUCCAGACGAUGAUGACAAAGACAGAGCCUAUGGCCUUUACCAGUACAACCUCGGAGGCAAGACGAGGUUCUUUAGAGACCAGGACGAGGACGAGCUGACACAGCUGUGGUAUAUAGCACCGGGCAUCGACUUUGGCUGGAGCUUCAAUUGA